UAAAAAUUAACAAAAAAAAAAAACAGACCCACAAAAUCCCCAAAUUGAAGCCCUCUAUUUGCAAACCCCAAUCCCUGGAAAUUUAAUUCGAUUCGCCCCCUUUUCUUCGUCGUCUUCUUCUCGUCUCCGUCUCAUACUGUCUCUUGGCAACGUACGCUCGUGUCAAUUUCCCUUCGCACGUGUGAUUCUUGCAGUGUUUCGCCGACUCCUUUCUCUUGCCUUUUCUAUUUCCCGAUCGCCGUCUUACUAUAGGAAGUCUCGAAGCUCCGAUCGAAGCUACUUUUGUUUCUGCUUUCAUUUUUUCAUUCUUUCUUCAGAUAUAAGCAGGGUGCAUAAUAUAUAGAGAAUGCCGUGACACUGAUGUAUUUGAAGUGAUAAUUUAACAAGGGAAACAAAGAAGGAAGCAUGAGUGGUGGUGGAUGGUUGUAUUGUACGGCAAGAGUGUGGAAUAAGUUAUGUAGUUGUUUCUAGUUGUGGUUCUUACUAAAACAAGGAAAAAACGAAGAAGGAAUAAGCAUAGAAAUGAAUGUGCAGGCACAUAUGUCAGGACAGAUAUCAGGACAGGUACCUAAUCAAGGGGGAUUGCCCCAGCAAAAUGGGAACCCUCUCCAGCCUUCCCAGAUGCAGAAUUUAGGUGUUGCUGGAGGUGUGGGUGUUUCUGGUGUUGUUGGCACUGGAGGUCCUCAUAAUACGUUGAAUAUGGACACGGACCUCAUGAGAAUACGUGAAUUUAUGCGAGGAAAGAUCACUGAGAUUCUAAAAUUGCGGAACCAGCAUCCUAUUACUGAAGCAUCAAUGAUGAAGUUUCGGGAUUUUGCGAGACGGUUGGAAGAAGGUCUAUUUAAGAUCGCUCGUACAAAGGAGGACUAUGCAAAUUUGAAUACUUUAGAGCAACGUUUACAGAUUCUAAUAAAGGGUAGCAGAAAUGUACACAACCAACGACAUCCACAGCUUGUUAAUUCGGCAUCAGCAGCAGUUGGUACCAUGAUACCGACCCCGGGUAUGUCGCACAGUGGCAAUCCUAGCAUGGUUACAUCUUCUAUAGAUACUUCUAUGAUUGCUGUCAAUGCUAGCAUAGCUCCUACAACUGUGAAUGCAGGAAAUCUGUUGCCAACUGGUGGCAUGAGUAGUGGCUCUUUCAGUAGAUCUGAAGGAAAUAUAUCUAAUGGGUAUCAACAGUCGCCUGCAAAUUUUCCCAUUGCUUCUGGUGGGAUGUCAUCAAUUGGUGUCCCAAGAAUGACUAGCCAAAUGAUUCCCACUCCAGGAUUUAAUAGUAAUAACAAUAACAGUAGCAUUAAUAAUCAGUCUUACGUGAAUAAUCAACCUCCUAAUAAUGUUGGUGGGCUUUCAACUGUUGAUUCAACUAUGGUCUCUCAGCCACAGCAGCAGAAGCAACACAUUGGUGGUCAAAACAGUCUUAUUUUGCAGACCAUUGGUAGCCAAAUGGGCAGUGGCAUCAGGUCUGGCUUGCAGCCGAAAAAUUUUGGGUUUCCUAAUGGGUCACUAAGUGGUGCAUUAGGGAUGAUGGGAAACAAUAUGCAAAUUGUUAAUGAACUGGGGGCUUCUGGGGGAUAUCAGACUGCAACACCUUAUACUAAUUCAUCUAAACCUUUGCAACAACACUUUGAUCAACAUCAGCGACCCUUAGUGCAAGGUGAUGGAUAUGGUAUGAACAAUGCCGAUUCUUUUGGUUCUGGAAAUGUGUAUGGUACUGUAACAUCUGUUGGAUCAAUGGCCAACUCUCAGAAUUUCAACCCAGUUAAUUUGCAGUCUAUGUCCAGAACAAAUUCUUCUUUGAUAAGCAACCAGUCGAAUUUACAUAGUGUGCAAUCGGCUGCCCAUCUGAAGCCUCAGUCCCUGGAUCAGCUUGAAAAGAUGAAUUUCCAAAUUCCCAUUUCUUCAAUAGAUAAUAUCCUUCAGUCUAAUCAACAAUUUCAGCAGCAGCCCCAUCAGUUCCAACAACAGAAGGUUUCACAACAUCAGCAGAAGCAGCAAAACCUGCAGCAUCAGAAUUUGCUGAGCAAUAGUGGUUAUAGUCCGUCUCAGCUGAUAUCUGAUAUAGGCAGUCAAGUUAAGCAUGAAUCUGGAUUGGAACACCAUGAUGAGAUUUUACAUCAGCAACCUUCUGAGCAAUUUCAGCCUGAGUUGCAGAAGAACCAUAUGGAAGAGCUCUCUAGUCAGCAGGAUAUGCAUUUGUCGCUGCCACAGAAUUCUCAACAAAUGCCACAGAUACUGCAUCAACACCAACUGGAUUCAGAGUCUCAUAAUGAUUAUAAACUUUCAGCUGGAUCCCAGCUGGAAUCAGCUGUGCGGAGUCAGUGGCACCCUCAUUCUCAAGUUCAGGUUCAAAUGCCUGGGGAUAUGUCACAUGAGCAGAAUGUCCAAGAGGAUUUCCGCCAGAGAAUAUCCGUGCAGGAUGAAGCUCAGCGUAACAAUUUAUCUGCAGAUGCAUCUACUAUUAGUCCAAUGGUUGUUCCUAGAAGCUCAUUGGAUCAAUCAAAUUCAAGGGUUUCCAUCUCUAGAUCUGGAAAUGGGAGCCAUGAUCGGCAGUUCAGAAAUCAAGUGAGGUGGCUUUUGUUUUUGCGUCAUGCUCGUAGGUGUAAAGCCUCCGAGGGAAAGUGUGAUGGUAAUUGUUUUACUGUCCGAAAGUUGUUGAGUCAUAUGGAUAUGUGUCAGUCAUCUCGAUGCUCGUAUCCUCGUUGCCAUCACUCCAAGAUAUUGAUUCGUCAUCACAAGACUUGUACAAAUAUAGCUUGCCCUGUUUGUGUUCCUGUUAACAAUUAUGUGCAGUCUCAAAAGGCCCGUGCUUGUCUAAACUCCACUUCUGGUUUGCCACCUUUGAGUAGUAGGUCUACUAGAACAUAUGAUUCUGGAGAUGUUUCAGCUAGAACGACUUCUACAACUACAGCAAUUGAUACUUCUGUUGACAUACAACCUUCACUAAAACGCAUGAAGAUAGAGCAUUUUUCUCGGUCUGCCAUAGCUGAAAGUGAAGGUCCUGCAGUAUCAGGUUCUGCUGUUACUGAACCUCAUAUAUCUAAAGAUAUCAAACACCAAGAUUACGAACAUGGUGACAGGUGUAUGCAAGUUAAACCUGAGCCUACGGAAGUAAAGGCGGAAGUCCCAUUGAGUUCUGCUAAAGGUAGUCCUGCUGUUAUUGAGAUGAAGGAUGAUGGAGAUGACAUUUGCAAACCAAAGGCUGAUGGAAAACCUAUUACAUGUGAUGAAUUUUCUGGCCUGCCUAAGCAAGAAAAUGUUAAGAUUGAGAAGGAGCCUGACUUUGCUGAUCAAGAAAAUACAGCACAGUCUUCUGAAAAUGCAUCUGGAACUAAGUCUGGGAAACCAAAAAUAAAGGGGGUAUCAUUGACUGAAUUGUUCACCCCUGAGCAAGUUAGGGAGCAUAUUAAAGGUCUCAGACAAUGGGUUGGCCAGAGUAAAUCAAAGGCUGAAAAGAACCAAGCAAUGGAGCACUCAAUGAGUGAGAACUCCUGUCAAUUAUGUGCAGUUGAGAAACUUACUUUUGAACCACCACCUAUUUAUUGUAGCACUUGUGGUGCUCGCAUUAAGCGGAAUGCAAUGUACUACACAAUGGGAGCUGGCGAUACACGACAUUACUUUUGUAUUCCAUGUCAUAAUGAGGCUCGUGGAGAUACCAUUAUUGUUGAUGGAACUGCCAUUCCAAAAGGAAGGCUUGAGAAGAAGAAGAAUGAUGAAGAGACUGAAGAAUGGUGGGUUCAAUGUGACAAAUGUGAGGCUUGGCAGCAUCAAAUUUGUGCUUUAUUUAAUGGUCGAAGGAAUGACGGCGGGCAAGCUGAAUAUACUUGCCCCAAUUGCUAUAUUACCGAGGUCGAAAGAGGAGAGCGCAAGCCCUUACCUCAGAGUGCUGUCCUUGGGGCCAAAGAUUUGCCAAGAACAAUCCUUAGUGACCACAUAGAGCAGCGAUUAUUUAGGAGACUGAAACAGGAAAGACUAGAGAGGGCAAGGGUUCAAGGAAAAAGUUAUGAUGAGGUUCCUGGGGCUGAGGCACUUGUAGUUAGAGUUGUUUCAUCAGUUGACAAAAAGCUGGAAGUGAAGCCACGGUUUCUUGAAAUUUUUCAAGAAGAGAACUACCCACCAGAAUUUCCAUAUAAAUCAAAGGUAGUUUUGUUGUUUCAGAAGAUAGAAGGGGUAGAAGUAUGCUUGUUUGGCAUGUAUGUUCAAGAAUUUGGAUCAGAAUGUGCAUUCCCAAAUCAGCGCCGUGUUUAUCUGUCAUACCUAGAUUCAGUCAAGUAUUUCCGGCCUGAGGUUAAAGCAGUUACUGGAGAGGCCCUCCGUACAUUUGUUUACCAUGAAAUUCUUAUUGGAUACCUUGAAUACUGCAAGAAGCGUGGUUUUACAAGUUGCUAUAUAUGGGCUUGCCCUCCACUAAAGGGUGAAGAUUAUAUCUUGUAUUGUCAUCCAGAAAUUCAAAAGACACCUAAAUCAGAUAAAUUGCGAGAAUGGUAUUUAUCGAUGUUAAGGAAAGCUGCCAAGGAAAAAAUUGUAGUUGAUCUUACUAAUUUAUAUGAUCAUUUCUUUGUAUACGCUGGUGAAUGUAAGGCCAAGGUGACAGCUGCUAGGCUGCCAUAUUUUGAUGGUGAUUACUGGCCUGGGGCUGCCGAAGAUCUAAUCAAUCAACUUCGUCAAGAAGAAGAUGGCAGAAAGCUGAACAGAAAAGGAACAACGAAAAAGACCAUAACAAAAAGGGCUUUAAAAGCCUCUGGUCAGUCUGAUCUCUCUGCUAACGCCUCCAAAGAUCUGCUACUGAUGCAUAAACUUGGUGAGACCAUUUCCCCGAUGAAGGAGGAUUUUAUCAUGGUUCACUUGCAGCAUUGUUGCAGUCAUUGUUGUAUUCUAAUGGUAUCUGGAACCCGCUGGGUCUGCAACCAGUGCAAAAACUUUCAAAUUUGUGAUAAGUGCUAUGAAGUAGAGCAGAAACGUGAAGAAAGAGAGAGACAUCCCAUCAAUCAGAGGGAAAAACAUGUAUUCUAUCCUGUUGAAAUUACUGAUGUACCUACUGAUACAAAGGAUAAAGAUGAAAUUCUUGAGAGUGAAUUUUUUGAUACUAGGCAGGCAUUUUUGAGUCUUUGUCAAGGGAAUCAUUAUCAGUAUGAUACCCUAAGACGGGCUAAACAUUCCUCGAUGAUGGUCCUGUACCAUCUUCACAAUCCAACUGCUCCUGCAUUUGUGACAACCUGUAACGUAUGUCAUCUGGACAUUGAAACUGGUCAAGGCUGGCGCUGUGAAGUUUGCCCUGAUUUCGAUGUGUGCAAUGCAUGUUUCCAACGGGAUGGGGGUAUUGAUCAUCCUCAUAAGUUAACAAACCAUCCAUCCAUGGCUGAACGUGAUGCACAGAAUAAAGAGGCUAGGCAACUACGGGUUCUGCAGCUUAGGAAAAUGCUUGACCUUUUGGUGCAUGCAUCACAAUGUCGUUCUGCGCACUGCCAAUACCCAAAUUGUCGGAAAGUGAAGGGGCUUUUCCGCCAUGGUAUCCAAUGCAAAACACGUGCUUCUGGUGGCUGUGUACUUUGUAAGAAAAUGUGGUAUCUACUGCAACUUCAUGCACGAGCAUGCAAAGAAUCCGAAUGCCAUGUACCGCGUUGCAGAGAUCUUAAGGACCAUUUGAAGAGGCUUCAGCAACAGUCUGAUUCACGGCGAAGGGCUGCUGUGAUGGAGAUGAUGAGACAGAGAGCUGCAGAGGUUGCUGGUAGUUCCGGGUAAAACCAAACUGUAAAUAUGUUUUGAUAAAAGAAAAUGCUACUCCACUGGUUCACUUAUUCGAACUAGGUGGCGAUGGGGGGAAAACCGGCACAUCUAGAAGCUCGGAAGGGGAUAGGCAUACAAUUAAGGAUAAAACAGAUUGAUUAAGGGAGCAAUAAUUGUUUGAAUGACUGAAUUCCCUUAAAAGAGAAGCUGGCAGCAAGGGAAGUUGUUGGAGAGAUGUGGUGUGCCUGCAACAGCUGGUAACAAUGGUCCUCCCCUCUUGUGUCGGAGUUGAAGUAGUGAUGCGUGUCGGUGAUUCUUUAAUUUUGCAUCUUAGUUUAUCUGUGGACUGGUACCGGUGGAGGUGGGGUGGCUAGUGUACUAUAAUUGUUCUAAUUUGGUAUUUUAUUGACUUUUUUCUUUUCUUCUAAUUACAUGGGGAUGUGAGGGAGGGAGGGAGUUUUAAAAGUCUUUUCCUUUUUCUAUGCUGUUUUCCCCCUUUGAACAUUGUUGGUCUUAGAAUUGCUUCUUAAAUAAGUAGCAUUUGGAGAACUCCAGCAGCAAUUCAUAUGUCAUAUUGAUUUUAUUUUAUUUAUGUAAUUCUAAUGUAAACAUUUUUCUUUUACCA